UAUAAACGUCCAUCGCCGGCAAAACGCGGAAUUGAUAGGACCGCGGACCAGUUGGAUUUUGCAUGUUACACCUCUUGGCUGGGAUGUUGUGGGACGCGCUGUUGGGAUUCGUGGUUGAAAGUGGGUGGGUUUCUGAGUCAGAUGUGGAAGGUUGUUCUAUAGCAGCAUCUAAUGUUAGGAGAAGGUUUUGUAUGAGAGUAAGAUACGGUACGGUAGAGGGUUUAACAUGGACGUUUUAGUAGGGUUGUUGUUUGGGAUCCUUAUUCAGCAGGUACUUUGUCAAUAUGGAAUGGUCCAUGUUGUCUCAGAGAAGGGGCAUAGUAAUCCAAAGGAUUAUUGUAUUCUGUUCAACUCCCAGUGGGCUCAUCUUCCUUAUGACCUCAGCAAAGCAGCCUUACUACCACUGGAAGACCAGACACCCUCUGUCUUGUGUUCAGCAUCUGAUGUUCCACGAGGAGGCUUCAUCAACAAAAUUCCAAUGAUAAUGCGGGGGAACUGUACAUUUUACGAGAAAGUGAGACUUGCACAGCUCAAUGGUGCCAAAGGGUUAAUUAUAGUCAGUAGGGAGAGACUGGUGAGUAAUAAAUUGAAAGAACAUGAAAAUGAGCUGAUUGAACGUAAAACUACUAAACUUAAGAGAGAUUUGAGAGAUUAUGAAACUGGCAAGUCAUUUUUGUGGUACAAAAACAGCGACAAUUUUAAUGUCAGAGCUUUUGAGGUAGCCGUUACAUGGGACUAUUUCAUUGCCUUGCUUUUGCUGGUUAAUUCUCCAGUGUUAGUUUCAUUGUCAUUUAGUGGUCAUGGACAAGUAUUUGGAAAAUCUGUGAAAGUAGCAUUGUAUGCCCCCAACGAACCUGUCCUGGACUACAACAUGGUAAUAAUCUUCUUAAUGGCUGUGGGAACUGUGGCAUUUGGUGGUUACUGGGCAGGAAGCAGAGAUGUAAAAAGGCGGUACAUGAAACACAAACGAGAUGACAGUGCGGAGAAACAUGAAGAUGAAACCCUUGAUGUUACGCCCAUCAUGAUCUGCAUGUUUGUGCUAAUGUGCUGCUCCAUGCUAGUGCUACUUUAUUACCUCUACGAUCACUUAGUGUAUGUUAUAAUAGCAAUCUUCUGUUUAGCCGCAUCCAUCGGCUUGUACAGCUGUCUUUACCCUUUUGUAAGAAGACUACCGUUUGGUAGUUGCAGAAUACCAGACAAUAACCUGCCCUACUUUCAUAAGCGUCCGCAAGUUCGGAUGUUGGUCUUGGCUGCUUUUUGCAUCUCUGUCAGUGUGAUCUGGGGAGUCUUUCGGAAUGAAGACCAGUGGGCUUGGGUCCUGCAGGAUACUUUAGGAAUUGCCUUCUGCCUUUAUAUGCUAAAGACAAUCCGGUUGCCUACAUUUAAGGUACUUCCUAUGGUACUGAAAGUACCAAGGCUGAAUGCUUCUCCUUUGGCACUGUGUGACAGACCUUUUUCAUUGCUGGGCUUUGGAGAUGUCCUUGUGCCAGGUCUGCUGGUGGUAUACUGUCACAGAUUCGAUAUCCAAGUCCAGUCUUCUAGAAUUUAUUUUGUAGCCUGUACUGUAGCAUAUGGUAUUGGACUUUUGGUGACUUUCGUUGCUCUGGCAGUGAUGCAGGUUGGCCAGCCAGCUCUACUCUACCUAGUUCCUUGUACCCUCCUCACAAGCCUUGGAGUUGCUUUGUGGCGACGGGAGCUCUCCAUGUUCUGGAACGGCAGCGGCUUUGUGAAAGAAGUACCGUGCCCUUCCUUGGUAAUGGCUCCUGUUGACUGCAAUCAGGGUCCUGAAGAGUCCUUGCCAUCUUCUCAACAGGAAGGAGACGCAGAGCUGAUAAAUCCAACAGUACACUCAGCUGAGCAUUCCAACCCAAAUGUGGACACACUGAAAGAAGACAGCCCAAAGGAUGACCAGGGCCAGUCAGACUAGAACAUGAUAAACUGGCCUUAUCUGUUUAAGUACACUCAAGUAAACAAAUACGUAUUAUCAGAGGAUUAGAUUGUAGCAUCAACAUUUAAUGAGAACUGCUUGUGUCGGCCAUGCCAAGAUCAAAUGCUCCCCAUACUUUAUUAUUGAGUGCGAUAUUUGGGGAGAAGUACACAGAAUGACAGAACUCAUAAUGCUGAGAUAUCAUUAUUGCUAUUGAGGACCUGGAAACAUUUGUUGUUUAGUAAUAGCUUUAGGGAAUGCCUUUACAUCUGGAAUGUCAUUUUAUUGUCGGAUACCAAAGUACAGCCAGAAUCUGACUUAAUUGGAAUGGUUAAUUGUUUGACUGGAUUAGAGUAACACAAAUUUUAACCAGCAUAAUUUCAACUUGAAUCUUGAAUCUUUUGAAAUGUAUCAUUUUCUGUAUGUAUGAAUGUUAAAAUUCACUUUUUGAGUGAAAAAGCUGCACUGUGUAUAUGGCCCAGUAAGUCUGAAACUCUGGUAUCCAUGUAGCAGUUCUCAUUGGGCUCCAUCCUGCCUUUAUAGUGUGGCAGAAAAUAAAGUCUUAAUCCAGUGAGUGUGAUAUUCAGCUGCAGCUGCCACAUGACUGUAGGUCUUUAGUGUUUUAAAAGAAGUAACUGCAGAGCAGACGGUACUUAAAAGGUAGAUGCAUUAGAAUACAGCUUGGCAGUAUUAAAUCCAUCUGGAUUGAAUUCUUAAUUUUUUUUUUUAUACAGACAUCUCACGUGCAGGGACCUCUGAGGAAUAUUCCAUUUCGAGUUCAGGUAGUAUUGCUGUAAAUCACCAACAGCAACAGUGUUUGGGGAGGUGGUGUGAUAUGGUGGUUGACUUUUUCAGACAUUAUAAAUUCUAGGUUCAUAGAUGUGCCUGAUUGUCUCCCCUCAAAAACUCUUUCUACCUCGCAUGGUAUGGCUGGGAUUGCAAAACACAGACUUCAUAAAAAAUGAAAAUGCUGAUUUCUGAAGAUUUUGUUAUAGCAGUAUUAUGUUCCACACAUUGUGUCUUACUGCAUAUAGCUGAAGAGAGGUAUAUGUAGACAGAAUUGUAGAGUCAACUGGCCCAAAACAAGAGAAGGAAGGACUUGCACUUUUUUUUUAUUAAAACUGCUGUCAAACUCUUUACAAAAUAAUUUCUGCCAGUCAGUUGGAGGAGAUGUCUGGAAUAUAACAUAUCCAGCUGUUUAGUCUUAAAAUUUAGUAUGAUUGAAGAGAAGAAUUUUUUAAGAACUCUCACUUCAUCUAGUUCCCCCAGGCCAGCCAUACCCCUUUGCACAAACAUUUUUGCUAUUUCUGACCAAAGAGUGUGUAGCAGACCAGACUGUUGAUUUAAACAUGACUCAAUGUGCAGUACGGUUUUUAUGUUUGUUAUAAACUGAACUAUAUGAAUUCUGUUUGUUCUCUGACACCUUGCAGUCAUUUCUGCACUGUGCUGGCAUCAUCUACAGUUGGUAACGCUAAGAAAUUCUACCAACCCAAGCCAUGAAGUUAUUACUUGUUAAAAUAAAGUUUCCUUUGAGCAAG